UUUCUUACAGAUUUUGAGAUAAGGUAUAACCUCAUAAUAAACGGGCCACCCUGUACAUCAACUUUCGCUUCCUCGUCCGCAAUUCGAACUCUGCGCCGAGCAGGCGACCCAAACCUGUUGGCCUUACGCAACGCUUUAAUUGAUGUUUUCGCUUAACGAUGCCGUCGCAUGAUGAUGAACUGAAAACCAAUGUUCAAAAUACGUGCCACAACUUCGCUCUGACGACGCGUGAGAAUCGUCCGAUUAAUUUUCUCCCGAAAACAAAAAAAAAUGCAGACGAACAACGGGACUUCCGCCAACGAUAUUCUCAGCCUGGACAACCCGGCGUUCUGCACUUACGUAAUCUGCUGCUGCCUGCUGAUUCUCAAGAUGAUGGGCCUCGUUCUCCUCACGAUAUUCCACAGGCAAACGAACAAGCAGGUGGGCAUCAGCGAAGAAGACGCCCGGUUCGGCAUGGAAGUAGCCCUCCAUCCCAACGUAGAACGCACGAGAAGGGCGUUCCUGAACGACCUCGAGAACAUCCCGGCGUUCCUGUUCCUCAGCUUCGCCUACCUGUGGACGCGGCCAAUUUCCACACUCGUUCAUGUUGUCUACUACGCCUUUUUGGUGGCCAGGGCUUUGCAUUCGUUCGUUUACGCCGUGUACGUGGUGCCCCAACCCGCGCGAGCAAUCUGCUUCGCGAUCGGUUUCAUAAUCAAUGGGUACUUGGCGGCGCACACGGCCAUCUACGUUUUCAUCGUCGGCUACUUGAAAAAAUAACAGCGCACGCGCGCGCGCCAUCUUUAUCUGUUUUUACUGGUAUUGCUGUUCGGAUAAAUAAAACCAGAUGAUAUGA